AUGGGGCCACUUGUGAUGCGGCCACUUGUGAUGGGGGCACUUGUGAUGGGGGCACUUGUGAUGGGGGCACUUGUGAUGGGGCCACUUGUGAUGGGGGCACUUGUGAUGGGGCCACUUGUGAUGGGGGCACUUGUGAUGGGGCCACUUGUGAUGGGGGCACUUGUGAUGGGGCCACUUGUGAUGGGGCCACUUGUGAUGGGGCCACUUGUGAUGGGGCCACUUGUGAUGGGGGCACUUGUGAUGGGGGCACUUGUGAUGGGGGCACUUGUGAUGGGGCCACUUGUGAUGCGGCCACUUGUGAUGGGGCGAAUUGUGAUGGGGCCACUUGUGAUGGGGGCACUUGUGAUGGGGCCACUUGUGAUGGGGGCACUUGUGAUGGGGCCACUUGUGAUGGGGGCCUCUUGUGAUGGGGCCACUUGUGAUGGGGCCACUUGUGAUGGGGCCACUUGUGAUGGGGCCACUUGUGAUGGGGCCACUUGUGAUGGGGCCAAUUGUGAUGGGGCCACUUGUGAUGGGGCCACUUGUGAUGGGGCCACUUGCGAUGGGGGCACUUGUGAUGGGGGCACUUGUGAUGGGGGCACUUGUGAUGGGGCCACUUGUGAUGGGGCCACUUGUGAUGCGGCCACUUGUGAUGGGGCCACUUGUGAUGGGGCCACUUGUGAUGGGGGCACUUGUGAUGGGGCCACUUGUGAUGGGGGCACUUGUGGUGGGGCCACUUGUGAUGGGGGCACUUGUGAUGGGGCCACUUGUGAUGGGGCCUCUUGUGAUGGGGCCACUUGUGAUGGGGCCACUUGUGAUGGGGCCACUUGUGAUGGGGCCACUUGUGAUGCGGCCACUUGUGAUGGGGCCACUUGUGAUGGAGCCACUUGUGAUGGGGCCACUUGUGAUGGGGCCACUUGUGAUGGGGCCACUUGUGAUGGGGCCACUUGUGAUGGGGGCACUUGUGAUGGGGGCACUUGUGAUGGGGGCACUUGUGAUGGGGCCACUUGUGAUGGGGCCACUUGUGAUGGGGCCACUUGCGAUGGGGGCACUUGUGAUGGGGGCACUUGUGAUGGGGCCACUUGUGAUGGGGCCACUUGUGAUGCGGCCACUUGUGAUGGGGCCACAUGUGAUGCGGCCACUUGUGAUGGGGCCACUUGUGAUGGGGCCACUUGUGAUGGGGGCACUUGUGAUGGGGCCACUUGUGAUGGGGGCACUUGUGAUGGGGCCACUUGUGAUGGGGCCUCUUGUGAUGGGGCCACUUGUGAUGGGGCCACUUGUGAUGGGGCCACUUGUGAUGGGGCCACUUGUGAUGCGGCCACUUGUGAUGGGGCCACUUGUGAUGGAGCCACUUGUGAUGGGGCCACUUGUGAUGGGGCCACUUGUGAUGGGGCCACUUGUGAUGGGGCCACUUGUGAUGGGGGCACUUGUGAUGGGGGCACUUGUGAUGGGGGCACUUGUGAUGGGGCCACUUGUGAUGGGGCCACUUGUGAUGGGGCCACUUGUGAUGGGGCCACUUGUGAUGGGGGCACUUGUGAUGGGGGCACUUGUGAUGGGGGCACUUGUGAUGGGGCCACUUGUGAUGCGGCCACUUGUGAUGGGGGCACUUGUGAUGGGGGCACUUGUGAUGGGGGCACUUGUGAUGGGGGCACUUGUGAUGGGGCCACUUGUGAUGGGGGCACUUGUGAUGGGGCCACUUCCACUUGUGAUGGGGCCACUUGUGAUGGGGCCACUUGUGAUGGGGCCACUUGUGAUGGGGCCACUUGUGAUGGGGGCACUUGUGAUGGGGGCACUUGUGAUGGGGGCACUUGUGAUGGGGCCACUUGUGAUGGGGCCACUUGUGAUGGGGCCACUUGUGAUGGGGCCACUUGUGAUGGGGGCACUUGUGAUGGGGGCACUUGUGAUGGGGGCACUUGUGAUGGGGCCACUUGUGAUGCGGCCACUUGUGAUGGGGGCACUUGUGAUGGGGGCACUUGUGAUGGGGGCACUUGUGAUGGGGGCACUUGUGAUGGGGCCACUUGUGAUGGGGGCACUUGUGAUGGGGCCACUUGUGAUGGGGGCCUCUUGUGA